AUGGCAACAACUAUUACAAUGAAAUCAUCAUCAAAAGCAACAAUACCAAAAUCAUCACCAUCAAAAGCAACAGAAACUACAAUGCAAGCAACAUCACCGUCGUCGACAACAAUACCAACUUUUUCUUCAUCAAAAAGAUUUUCAACAAGUUUCUCUUAUAAACAAUUUUAUCAAAAAAUUUUAAAAUCUAAAAUGGCAAGUACAGAUGACAAACAAUCAAAAAUACUUACCUAUGAAACAAUUAAUUCUCAUGUUAGGAAGGCAGAAUAUGCUGUUCGUGGAGAAUUAGCAAUUCGUGCUGAUAAUAUUAAACAAGAAUUAUCCGAAAAAUCCAAUAAAUAUGAUUUCAGUGAAAUUGUAAGCUGUAAUAUUGGUAAUCCACAACAACUUGAUCAAAAACCAAUCACAUUCUUCCGUCAGGUUAUUUCUUUGUUGGAAUACCCUGCUCUUUUAUUACCAGAAAAUUGGAAUAUAGCUAAGCAAUUGUAUCCUUCGGACGCAAUCGAACGAGCAAAAUUAUUAUCAAAACAUAUAAAAAGUGUAGGCGCCUACUCUCAUUCUCAAGGUGUAUUACACAUAAGACAAAAUGUCGCUAAAUUUAUAGAAGAGCGUGAUGGAUAUCCAACAGAUCCAAAUAACAUUUUCCUUACUCAAGGCGCAUCUAUAGCGAUUCAACAUGUACUUCAGCUUAUAAUAUCAAAUGAUAAUGUCGGUAUUAUGAUUCCUAUUCCUCAAUAUCCACUCUAUACUGCCACACUAUCAUUAUUUAAUGGUAAUCCAGUCCCUUACUAUUUGGAUGAAGAUAAUGGUUGGAAGUUAGACAUCAAAGAGUUAGAUGAAUCAUUUGUAGAAGCCAAGAAAAAAGGAUUAGAUGUUAGAGCACUUGUGAUAAUAAAUCCUGGCAAUCCAACGGGUCAAUGUCUUUCUGAGGAUAACAUUAAAGAAGUCAUCGAGUUUUGUCAUAGUAAAAGAGUAGUUAUUUUGGCUGAUGAAGUCUACCAGGCAAACAUCUAUCAACAUGCCGAAAGACCAUUCCGAUCUUUCAAAAAAGUUCUCAAAUCAAUGGGAAAAGAUUAUGAAAAUUUUGAAUUGUUUUCUUUCCACUCUAUCUCAAAAGGUGUGAUUGGUGAGUGUGGUAAACGUGGUGGAUAUUAUGAAUGUACUGGCAUCAAUAAAAAUGUGAUUGAUCAACUUUACAAGGUUGCUUCUAUUAGUCUUUGUCCGAAUGUUAGUGGUCAGAUUAUGGUGGAUUUGAUGGUUAAUCCCCCAAAGAUAGGUGAUGAAAGCUAUCCGACGUAUAAACAAGAAACAGAUGCUAUUUACGAAAGUUUGAAAAGGCGUAGUCAAAAAUUAUGUGAUUUGUUUAAUAAAUUAGAAGGUGUAACGUGUAAUAGUGCUCAGGGAUCGAUGUAUCUUUUCCCAAGAAUUAAACUUCCACCAAAAGCAAUAAAUAUGGCAAAAGAAUUGGGUAAACAACCUGAUGAACUUUAUUGUUUUGAGAUGCUUGAGGCAACAGGUGUCUGUGUAAUACCUGGCAAUGGUUUUAGACAAAAAAAGGACACUUGGCAUUUUCGUAGUACUUUUCUUCCAUCAGAAGAAUUGUUUGAUGGAUUUUGUAAAAAAAUAGAAGAAUUUCAUAAAUCAUUUCUUUUAAAAUAUAGUGGGUGGGAAUUAUACGAAGAAUUUGAAUCCGAGUUUUCACCAUCAGCUGUUGUCGCAUUGUUUCAUCAAAAAUUAAAAUACCAGUUACCACCAACAUACACUUACGACAGGAAGGUCAAUAGAAAAUACUCGUGUAAAUUAACUUACGAGAACGAAGAGUGGGAAACCGAACAAUUGUACGACAGACAAAAGGAUGCAAAAAAUGGUGUAGCUAAAGUAGCGUUAAAAACCUUAACAUAUCGUUAUCCAAAGUUGGCGAUUACCAUCCAACAAAUCCUCGAAAUGAGAUGUAAGUUAGGCCCCAAGCGACUAGUGUUUGGAAAUGGUGUUCAUCAAAUGGCAAAAAACAUUGCCGAAAAAAUUUCAAGACCACCAUCCGAUAUCUGGCUCGAGACACAACAACCAUUAACACCACAUAGAACACUUUUAGCCGACUUCAUGUUGAAUUAUAACCUUGGAAAUCCAGUUUAUGUUGACAUUAUACCACCAUUACGACCAGUAGGGAUUAAAUAUAUUAACCAUCGCAACGAUGUUACGAUUUCCAUUGCAAAAACUAUAGCUGAUGCUGCUACCCAUUCACCACCAGCAGCUGAUGCUGCUACCCAUUCACCACUAGCAGUUGAUGCUGACUCUAAUACUACAAAAAAAGGAUUAUUUUAUGUUUCUGUUAUUGUUGGAAAACGCAAAUUCAAUCCAUCAAAAGGAUUUGAAAUCAAGCCCGAGGCACAAGAUCACGUUGCUGCUAUAGCCCUUGAAAUUUUGCAUAAAGAAAUUAGAUCAGAUGAAAUGAAAAUCAUUCGUGAAAAAAUGGAAGUCGAAGUAAAUGAUAUAGAAGAGGAAAUAAAUACAAACUGUAGAAGUCAAUCAUCUUUAGUCAAAGAAGGAGGACCAUCACAUCACGGAAAUCAACCAUCUUUAGUCAAAGAAAGAGGACCAUCACAUCACGGAAAUCAACCAUCUUUAGCCAAAGAAGGAGGGACAUCACAUCACGGAAAUCAACCAUCUUUAGUCAAAGAAGGAGGACCAUCACAUCACGGAAAUCAACCAUCUUUAGUCAAAGAAGGAGGGCCAUCAUCAAAUCACGGAAAUCAACCAUUUUUAGUCAAAGAAGGAAGACCAUCAUCAGAUCACGGAAAUCAACCAUCUUUAGUCGAAGAAGGAGGACCAUCAUCAGAUCACGGAAAUCAACCAUCUUUAGCCAAAGUAGGAGGGCCAUCAGAUCACGGAAAUCAAUCAUCUUUAGCCAAAGAAGGAAGACCAUCAUCAAAUCACGGAAAUCAACCAUCUUUAGUCGAAGAAGGAGAACCAUCAUCAGAUCACGGAAAUCAACCAUCUUUAGCCAAAGAAGGAGGGCCAUCAGAUCACGGAAAUCAAUCAUCUUUAGCCAAAGAAGGAAGACCAUCAGAUCACGGAAAUCAACCAUCCUUGGUGAACGAAAUAAGACUAUCGGAUCCAUCAUCUUUAGUUGAAGAAGGAAGACAAUCAGAUCACGGAAAUCAAUCAUCCUUAAUGAGCGAAAGAAGGUCAUCAGACUACAAAAAUCGAAGAAUACCAUUAUAUUCACCUUCUUUAGUGGAAAAAAGAAGUCGUUUUUACCACAGAAAUCCAAAAGAUCUUCCUUUGUUCACUAAAGAUAAAGUGGACAAAAGAAGAUAUCUUGGAGACCGAUCAUCUUUAGUGAAAAAAAACCAUAUUGACCGCAGAGAUCAAUUAUCAUUGGCGAAAGAAAGAAGAAGACAUUUGUACCGUAGAAAGCAAUCGACCUUAGAAAGAAGACAUUUUGGAGAUCGAUCAUCUUUAGUGAAAGAAGGAAGUCACUUUUACCACGGAGAUCGACCAUCUUUAAUGAACAAAAGAAGAUAUUUUGGAGGUCAGUCAUCUUCAAUGAAAGAAGGAGGACCAUCAAAUUACAGAAAUCAAACAACUUUAGACCACGGAAAUCGAUCAUCCUUGAUGUGGGAAAGAAGACAAUCCGACAACGACAAUCAAUCAUAUUUUGGAGGUCAGUCAUCUUCGAUGAAAGAAGGAGGACCAUCAAAUUACAGAAAUCAAACAAGACAAUCCGACCACGAAAAUCGAUCAUAUUCAGUGAACGAAAGAAGACUAGACUACGAAGAUCGAUCAUCUUUAAUGAACAAAAGAAAACGUUCUGAAGAUCAAUCAUCUUCAGCAAACAAAAGAAUACAUUUAGACCAUGGUCGUUAUUUUUCAUCUAAAACAUUUAUAGAAUUGGUAUACGAAUUUGCAGCAAAAACACACGUUAUAAAACCUAGAUAUCAAAUUCUCGAAAUAAAAGAUACAGAUAAAUUAGAUAAAUUUUACUCAAAAAUGUUUCUCAAUGGGUAA